CAAGGAACAACGUCACGUGUGCAAGUUUCGCGCGCGGCUCGUUCUCUGGUGGGAGAGCCGUUGGUCAGCCAGCCGGGUCUCCCUCAUGUCUGCUGGGUACACGUUUUAAAGUACAAAGACGCUGGCACCCUCGCGUUGCCCCAUUUGGUUUUUGUCAAGUCGACACUGUGGGGGUAACGAGGGAGCUGCGGGGGGCCCUGCAGAUCCAGCAAAGGUUGGCGGCAUGGCCAUGUAGCACGUGAGGCUUUGGAAGCAUUCCCACGAGCUGUCAUGACGCUGCUGUUAUCCAUCCUGGCAAGGCGCGCGCGCAUCGCACGUCUUCGGCCAACGGGUCUACAACCGUCCUCUCGCAUGACCGUGCCCUGUCCUCGUCCACGGUCCCAAUCAGCGCUUGCCUCCCAGUUUCGAUGCCUCGCCACAACCGCCAGAACGGCAGAGCGCAAUUCAGGCCAACCCGAGCUACCCAAAGUCCCGUUUUUUGAGGGCCGCGAAAAAUUGCUCGAGCUUUGGUUUGAUGAACCAGCCCGCCUCUCGGCUGCUGGACAAGGCCUACGGACCAUCCCCAGAGCCGCAUGGGACCGCCUUUUGGGGCUGGCUGAUUGCACCAUCAUCGAGGAGCAGCGUACUCCGCUCAUGGACGCUUACAUUCUGUCGGAAAGCUCCCUCUUUGUCAUGCCCGAGCACAUUGUCAUCAAGACAUGCGGCUCCACUGCACCCUUGCUAGCUCUGCCUGACUUGUUGGAAGAGGCCUGGGCGCUCUCCCGCCAAGAUCUGGUCGAGGUAUACUACUCGCGCCACGACUAUUUACAGCCAAACCUGCAGGCGUUUCCACACGAGGACUUUGGCCAAGAGGUGACCUUUUUGGAGAGUCAUGUCGGACCAGGAGUGGCGCGCCAAUUUGGCCGCCCGGACGAGCACCAGUGGAACCUGUUCGCGGCCAAGCGCGGGUCCUCUGUACAUGCCAGUCAAACCAUCGAGGUGAUUAUGUAUGACGCCGACCCUACUGCCAUGGCCAUCUUUUAUGAAGUGAGCUCUUCGACCAAGGAGGCUGUGACAUUGGACAGUGGGAUUGCCGACCUCUUGCCAACCUUUGAUAUACGCGAGGCGCUCUUCUCUCCGUGCGGCUAUUCUUGCAACGGGGUGCAUGCGGGGGCAUAUAUGACCGUGCAUGUGACGCCACAGCCCGAAUGCUCGUACAUUAGCUUUGAGUCCAAUGUUUUGAUGCGGGAUUACACCGACUUGGUGACGGCUUGCACACGGGCCUUUCGCCCGAAACAUGUCCAAGUCGCCAUUGUGAGCAAC